GAGAUCAUGACAGUGAUCCGUGGCAGCUUGCACGCCGUGCGUUCUUCGGGCGGGUACCUCACGCGGACGGAAUAUGUCUCCGGCCACGAUUCUUCAGGCCAGCGUUUGGCGGAGCUCCGCGAUUCCAGCAUCAAAGAGGAGUCGGUCCGAUCCCGAAUCUACGAUGCCUUCGAACUGUACGAGAAGUUCAAGGCUACUUGCCCGAAGUACGAUCGGGUUGACGCUGUUCGAAGCAUCACCCAGAGAGCGAAGAAAUUCCGGCGCCAAGCGAGAGAAGCGGCCUUCCAAAUGCUUUCGGCGGUGUUCAUCGAUGAGGUUCAGGAUUUACUCCCUGCAGAGAUCCUCCUCUUAAGACUAUUUUGCCAGUCCAACACAGCCUGGGUUUUCGCCGGCGACACUGCCCAGACGAUCAGCAAAGGGGUGGAUUUCCGCUUUGAGAGCAUCCGGCGCCUAUUCUACGAGGAGUUCUUGGCUGGGAAAGAUUGGGAGGAGGACAAGGUGCAUGUGGAGGUGGAGUCAUGCUCCUUCUGCAAGAAGCAAAUAACAGAAGAUGGCGGGGUGAGGAUGGAAUGCAACUCUCAUUUUGUGGCACACAACAAAGUCCUUUGCGGCAAGGAAGCCUGCAGAAGGGCUUUGGAGAAACAGUGCGAAGAUGCCUUGAAAGGUGCCUCUGCUGGUGGCCGUAAGAAGGCCGAGUGGGCACAGGCUCGCAGCCGCCUCAGCUGCCCGCUGCCUGGCUGUGGCAUGUACAUGAAGGAGACUUCGAUUGCGCCAGCUCCAACCAAAGAUGAGGGGCCGUCUUCGUCUUCAUCCGUCGCUAUUAGGCCGUCAUUCGGCUCCAUCCCUGGCAUACAUCACCUUACGUUCAACCAUCGAAGCACAAGAGGUAUACUGCAACUCGCGGCCUCCGUUAUUGAUCUCCUGGUGAAACUAUUCCCGGAAAAGAUCGACCAGUUGCCGCGUGAGGUCUCCUCGGUGGAUGUAGCCCUCAAACCCGUGUUCAUCUGUGGCGUGCCAUUUGAGGAGACCCUUUAA